CCGCGCCGCCGCACAACGCCCGCACCUGCGCCAGGGACAGCCCCUUCCCCUCGGAGUGUCCCUCGCGUGGCCCCUCGCGCGCCCCUCGUGGGGAGGAGUCCUUCAUCUCGAGGAGCAGGAGUUCCCUUCAGGAGUUUGUUGUUUGAUCACUACUGACGGCUCGUUGAAGAUCCACUUGUGCUUGGAAGAGUUCCUUCUGCUUGCGCGCGUGUGCCUUCGUGUCGUGCGUGCGUGCCAAGGGAGCCGAAGGGCGGGCCCGCGGGUGUGCAUCUCCUACAAGUGUCACAGAUGCCGUAAUCGUUAGUGCAAGCGAUCGGUGGACGCGUGCGGAGUGUGGCUCUAGCCGCGUCGAGUGUGUUUGCCUGUGAUCUAACUUUGGCUUUGAGCCUGACUUUGGCCGCGAAGGAAGGAGAGGGACACGCCUCGCUCGAGUGACGCGGACGGACAGACGCAGGCGCUUGUGCCUCGUUGCUUGGAGGAAAGGGAAAAGGGAAAUUGGAUCUACUGUCAAGGCAUCGGUAGUCAGCAUAAGCAAAAUGGAGUCUGAACGAUGCCUGUUGAUUCUGGCACUUAUCUGCCUAGCCAGUGCCAUCACCCACGCCACCACACAACAGAUCCACGAGUCCAUGAGUACAGAGGAUCUCCAAAGAAUAUUCCACGUGGAGACAUCAGAUCAAGUCCCAGCCUACGACGUGGUGCGGCUGCGAUCCCGGCUGCGGCGAUCUGCGGACGGCGAUGAGGUGCGGACGGUCCACCUGCGGGCGCUGGGUUCGACGCAGAUUCUGAACCUGCGGCCGAACCUCGAUCUGGCCCGCCGCGUCCCGCUGUUCUUCGCCGACCGGGACCACCUCGGGGGCGUCGCCGUCACCCCUACGUCGCAUGAAUUGGACGUGGGAAUCCCACACCAGGAUGAGCAGUCAUUGGCGGCUGUCAUGGUUGCUCACCACCCGGUCACGGGCGCCCUGACGAUGGACGGAACCGUCGGCGAGGACCUGGUCAUCAGGCCCCUGCCGCCCACGCUCUACCACCUCGCCGAGCCCUCGCCGCCCACCCCGCCCGCGAGUCCGCCCGCGGGCGGGAGGCCCCGCGAGGAGGAGGUCUCCCUCAACCAGCUGACGCCUCCUGACGACGAGCUCUUCAUGGACGAGCUGGAGGAGCUGGAGGACGAGAUGGUGUUCGACGACGGCCUCCCGCUCGACGGGGACGACAUGGGCUCGCUGCUCGACCUCCGACCCCGAGGGAACGCCACUCUGCCCGAGGGCCUGACGCUCCUGAGACGAAGGCGCGGAGCCGAGACCGAGGGCUUCCACAUCGUGUACCGAAGGAGCAGCCCUGGGGUCGAUACGGACUACGCCAUGAUGGAGUUGGACCACAUUCCCGCCCGCAGCGCAGACGCCCGCCCUCGCCGUAAGCGCAGCGCCCCUUAUAUCAUUUACCCCGAGAUCCUCGUCCUGGUCGACUAUGAUGGUUACCUUCUACACGGGCAGGACAACAGCCAAAUCAAGAGCUAUUACGUGUCCUUCUGGAAUGGCGUCGACCUGCGUUACAAGCUGCUCAAGGGACCGCGAGUCAAAGUGUCCAUCGCCGGCAUCAUUAUUUCGAGAAGUCGCGACGCCAUGCCCUACCUGGAGAGGAACCGCGUGGGGAGGGACGCGAUCGACUCCGCCAGCGCGCUCACCGACAUGGGGAAGUACCUUUACCAGGAGCGACGUCUUCCCACCUACGAUAUAGCCGUCGCCAUUACGAAGUACGAUCUGUGUCGCCGACGAAAGAGUGGGAGGUGUACAACAGGCACGGCCGGCUUCGCAUACGUGGGCGGAGCUUGCGUCGUGAACAAGAGGCUGCAGAAGGUCAACUCCGUCGCCAUCGUCGAGGACACGGGCGGCUUCUCCGGGAUCAUCGUAGCCGCGCACGAAGUCGGCCACCUCCUGGGCGCCGUGCACGACGGGUCCCCUCCCCCCUCCUACCUGGGGGGCCCCGGCGCAAGGAGAUGUCGCUGGGAAGAUGGCUACAUUAUGAGCGACCUCAGACACACGGAAAAGGGCUUCAGAUGGUCUUCUUGCUCCGUGGAACAGUUCCAUCAUUUCCUCAACGGCGACACAGCGACCUGCCUGUACAACCUGCCCCACGAGGACGAGUCUCUGCCGCGCGUCCUGCCGGGGAAGCUGCUAUCCCUCGACGCCCAGUGCAGGAAAGACCGGGGGACGUCGGCUUGCUUUAAAGACGACCGAGUGUGUGCUCAGCUCUUCUGCUUCGACGCCUCCAGCGGGUACUGCGUGUCCUACCGCCCUGCUGCCGAAGGGUCGGACUGCGGCAACGGGAAGAUCUGCAGCAACGGCCGAUGUAUCUACGAUAACGGGAACAGCAUUUCCGAUUUCGAUGUGCACAGGUCCGGCGAGCAUUAUCUAUUCGAGUCGACGCAAAUAAAGCCUGUGUACACGGACCCCCCCUCGUCCACCACGCCCGAACCCCCCACCUCUUCCACAACAGCUAGGUCCAGCUGGUGGAAUAGAUGGGACCGUAACAGAUGGAACGACCGCAAUACCACCCCACAGACGACCACCACAACCACAACCACAACCACCACCACAACCACAACUACCACGCCCUCACCCCCCAAGAGCCUCAAGAAAAACUUUAUAGAGUCAGUGAAGCCGAAUAGUGAUAAUGAGUGCGAGGACCGCAUCGCCAACAUCGCGGGCAGCCUCACGUGCCAGGAGUUCCUCCGCUCCUACGGCUUCCGCUACUGCGGCCACCGCUACAUCCAGAAGAACUGCUGUCGCUCCCAGAAGGAGAUGUGUCGCGGGGCCUAGGAGGGCGUUGCCGUUGUUUAUCCCCCGGCGUGUGGGUGGGUAGCCUGAGCCUGGCCGCGGGCGUCGCUAGGCUCGUUCGUCCGUCCGUCUGUCUAUCCGUCCGUCCGUCUUUCUGUCUGUGUCUGUCUGUCUAUCCGUCUGUUUGCCCCAGUCUAGACCACCAAGACAGGACUCUCACGCCCUCGAAGGAACUGCCCGGGCGCCCUUGGCACUUCCGCCCGCCCGCGUCCCCGUGCCGGACCUCCUCCUCCCGCGAGUAGUGCUGGCGACGGCCGCAGGUGCAGCGUCUGUGCAACUGCAGCGUCGGGUCGUCCGGCAUUGCAGAGCGGUUGCAGGAUCAGGGCUGUUCCCCCUCUGGAGGCGGCGGCGACUUGCUGGCAAGACGGCGCCGCUGGGAAGCAGAGAGGGAAGGGCGGGCGGAGUGGGCGCCGGUGCCAACGCUGCCUUCGGGCGUCGCCACGACUCCUGCCACCAACCGCGCUGCUGCUGCCACCACUUCGAGCGCCUGUGACACCGCUGCUCCGGUCUGCGUGGCCAAGCCUCUGCGGAACACAAGAUUUCGGGCCUAAAUUUAGUCAAACGGCUUUAUUUGGAAGAUGACAGUGAUUUAGAAAAAAAAAAAUGUUUUCGAGACAGACCCAGUGAAAUCCUCAGGCAACACCAGUAUUGUGCAUCGCAAAAUUAGAAAAGAUUGAAAGUGAAGAAUGGCUAAAUGAGCCCAGCAGUUGGCACGGAAAAAUAGGCCAAGAGAAAAACAUACAUACAUAUAUUUGUGUGUGUGUGUAUAUAUAUAUAUAUAUAUAUAU